GCUACGAGCCGGGCACGUUUUCUGACUCUGAAUCACCAGCACUGUUCCUGCGCUCACAGUCACACACUACAAGCUUUCCAUAGUUACCAAUAGAUUUUCUAGAUUGAACGUAAUUGAGUAGGCUAUGAAAUUACAAAACUGGUUCAUUUUUUUUUUACAACUCAGGGUAAAGGGGGAGUUUUCCCAUUUACCGUGGUUCCGCUUUACCUCCGUGUUUUCAACGAGCUUUUAUUUCCUUCAUAUCUGAUCGCCCAUCAGUGUAAUGAUCUGGCUUUUUGCUCGUGUCGUUUCCACUUCAGCAUGGGAACUGCAGUGUCCAAAAGGAAGACUUUAAGGAACGAUGCAAUAUCUUCUGUGACCGCAAAAGUUAGAGCAGCCAGAGCUUUUGGAGAUUAUCUGUCUCACACACACCCUGAGAACCGUGCCGGCUCAGAUCACCUGCUGUCUGAUACCUUUAUCGGCCAAGACACAGACUCCCCUGACCUCAGUCGUCUCCACAACAACCUGCACCCUCAGAAUCAGCCCCAGGCCCACAGUCUCCAGUCACAGCCCAGCACCCUGCAUCCCCAGUCCAGCUGUCUCCAUCCCCAGCCCAGCACCCUGCAGCCAGAUAGUUUGCAGUCCACAGGACCGUCCAAGCGCAGGCUCUCAGCAGGGCGCAGCUUCUCCUUUGAGCAGCAGCCUCCUCCCAGGUCCACUGAGGGAAGUCUGACGGGCCUGAAGCCAGCUGCCCAGCGGGUCUACACCAUCACCAGGGAGGGAGGCAUGCUAGGGGGCCAAGGCAGCGAGGAGAGCCUGGAGCUGGAGGUGCUGAAGCAGCCCCUGUCCCCUCCUCCCUCCUCCAACCAGCCCUCGUACUCCAAUCCACAACCACCAGGCAGCAAAUACCAACACGGCGGCAGUGGUGGUGGCAACCAUCACCGUGGCAACCAUAACCAUGGCCCACAGAACCACAGGUCCCAGUCCCAGCCCCUGCAGAGCUCGGGGAGCGCCCAUAACAUCCGGGACUGGGGGGUGCGGAGGGGGGGCUCGCGGGAGGACUGCACCCCAGAGUCUGUGACCUGCAUCAGGGCCCCAUGUCAGAGCCAGCGCUCCCUGGAUCUGGAGACGUCCCAGCAAGACGGAGGCAAACAAAGGAAGAAGCUGGAGAGGAUGUAUAGCGAAGACCGAGACAGAGAUAGACAAGGCUCUGCUGAGGAGAGAGAGGACAACCCUAAUAGCUGGUUCCCCAAAGAGAAUAUGUUCAGCUUCCAGACGGCAACCACAACAAUGCAGGCUAUAUCGGCAUUCCGGUGCAUUGCUGAGAGAAAGAGGAGGAAACGAGAACAGGAGGCAACCUCUACUAUAACAGAGACUGAGAGGAACUUCCGGAAGCACCUGAGAAUGGUGGGCAGCCGCAGAAUGAAGGCUCAGAGUGAGUUCCCCACAUAUGCCGACCGCCGAGCCAAGAGUUUCAACCGCUCCUGGAGUGACCCCACCCCUAUGAAGCCAGACUCUCUCCAUGGCUCCAGAGACAAUGGGGACCUGCAGUCCUCGUCAGGGGCUCUAGAUGAAGGGUCACAGGAGGAUGCGGACUGGGAGGAGGAGAGAGAACUGGAGAGAGCAGCCUGCGAGGGAGAGGACUUCACCCCCCCCAAAAUCAUACUGAUAUCCUCUAAGGUCCCGAAGGCUGAAUAUGUCCCUAACAUCAUCCGUCGGGACGACCCCUCGGUCAUCCCCAUCCUUUAUGAUCAUGAACAUGCCACAUUCGAUGACAUCAUUGAGGAGAUAGAGAAGAAGCUGACGGCCUACAGGAAAGGCUGUAAGAUCUGGAACAUGCUCAUCUUCUGUCAGGGAGGUCCGGGGCAUCUGUACCUGCUCAAGAACAAAGUGGCCACGUUUGCCAAGGUGGAGAAGGAGGAGGACAUGAUCCAGUUCUGGAAGAAGUUGAGUCGGUUCAUGAGCAAACUAAACCCUGAGGCCAACCUCAUUCACAUAAUGGGCUGCUAUGUUCUGGGGAGCGCCAAUGGAGAAAAACUAAUCCAGAAUCUGAAGCAGCUAAUGAGACCUCAUGCCAUCGAAUUCAAGUCCCCACUAGAGCUGUCUGCGCAGGGCAAGGAGAUGAUCGAGAUGUACUUUGACUUCCGUCUCUUCCGCCUGUGGAAAACCCGCCAGCACUCCAAGCUGCUUGACUAUGACAACCUUUUGUGACUUUGCUCACUUUUCACCUUUGUCAGCCUACUGGCUGUGUAUCUCAUCACCGAUAGCCUACAGUGACGGCUUUCCUUGAGAGGUCCUGGACGGGAGCGCUCUGUAGAAGAGGUGCAACAGGAAGACGGGGUUCAGGUGGUUUUACUCACCGAGGAGGCUUCAAUCCUCAGCUCUCGGGUGAAUUGAAGGCACUAAGUGAAUUCCAGUAGCAGCUACUGUCAAGAGGUGAACUGUAUAUUUCCCCCCCAUCCAUUUUCACCGUCUCAACUAACGCCUCUACUGAGAGAGAACCAGAGAGUGAAGGUAGAAGAGAGGAGUGGAUAGAUCAUCCUUUAGUCUCAAGAGACACAUAGAGUUAGAUUUUAUGCUCAGGAGCCCAGAAAGUCUUCUUGGAAAGAGAGAGAGAGAGAGAGAGAGAGUGAGAUGCAGCACCUGCGGGGAAAAUAAAGACUCUUUGUGAAAGGGGAGAAGAGAUGGCGACAGAUUUCCUCCUUUGUCUACCUGUCAGCUGUGUGAACUCAGAUUAAAGCAAUUUUUUUCCGGAAGUACGUAGAUCUCCCUAAGGAGCUAAAUGUAUUUAUAAAGUGCUUUGGUGGUUUUCGGAGCUUUAGAGAAUAGAUUUCCGUUAUCUAUACAUGUACCACAAAUAGAAAAGAUAGUACUAAAUUAGUCUUACCAAUAAUUCAAAGUAUCUAUAUAUCGUAUAAAACAGCAUUUAUUUUGAACUAAUUGUAUUAGUAUUUCUUAUGAACUGUUUGUCUUGAAUAACUCAGGGUUACUGCUAUCCCUCGUAUGAUAAUUGCCGUCACCUCAUGUACCGUCAUAACGUAACGGAAUAGGACGGAGAUGUCUGUCGACUAGUUCCGAUCCUCUCCGCUCAGUGGUUGUCAGGGAAACCAUUUCUGUGUCUCUGAGCACCUGUGCGUGUUUGUGUGUGAACGAGGCAGUUUUUUUUUUUUUUGAUUCUUCAUACACUAGGUCAAUUGUAGCUUAUUGCUCAUUACGCAUGCAACAGUGACACCGUACCAGAGCCCUUCCACGUUUAUGUUUUACCCUGCUGAACUACGGACACAGACGUUUCUUUCUUGUAGUGUUCAGUUCACUCCCAGGGAAUGAUACCCUGAUGCUGUGAGCGCUCUGUCUUACUGUGUGUGUCUGCACUGCAUUGCUAACUGUGCAUCACUUAAUACUGCCAUGAGGUUUAUGGAACGUGGACUAGGCCUAGAUGACUUGUGUCACACUGCUUAUGGUCAUCUCCCUCUCUUUAUAUCUACAGUAUAUUUACUUGUAUUUAACUAGUAUUGCUGCUAGUUAGUCUAGUCACUCUCUGCACUGCCUGUGUUGUUCUUCGUUCUUGUUCGAACCAAAAUCUCAGUAUUCUUGUCAUGUCAUUCUUAUGGCAUUUACUUUCUGUGUAUUGUGCUAUUGACUUUUAACAAAUGGGCUUUCUGUCUUGCCCAUGUGAUAUUGUGCAACACUCAGUAGUGGUACGGUACACCUCAAACACACGCGGAGCAGUUCUGUGAAGGAGCGGGUCAUGAUAUUGAGAUUGGUUUCCAACUUUUGCUCGUGCUCAAAAAAUGGCAAAAUAACAUCAUUUACGGAUGCUCUUCGCAUUCCCUCCUUAAACUGUUCCACCAGAGCUAAUAAGUUAACGUGUGUGUAGCUCUUCGGCGCGUGUGUGUGGGUGGUUUGUGUGUUUCUCAGAAUCCUAGCCUGAUGGGGCACUGCAGGGGUACUGAACUGUGAGGAGUCUUCAUUAUCAGUGUUCUCUCUCAGCUGGGGGAGGGGGAGUGGGAUGAUAAUACACAUCUUUAUGCAUCUAUGUGGACAUACUCACCACAGAGAGACAAAAGAGAGAGGCCAUUUUCUUUAUAUUCUGUAAGAUUUGCUAUUAUUCAGCAACGUUGGUAUAGAGGGCACACGUCUAACAAUUCUUUGUUGACCUUCCUAGAAUGAGGCAGGCACUCCAUGUAUUUUACUCACUUGUAGUUUUUUCUACAUUUAACUCUUUCUCACUAACAUACGAGUAUUACUGUACAUGCGUUAUAUUGAUGUGCAAUCAACAUUCAGUUUGUGCCACAUGGGUAUUGUAUCUCUCCCACACUCCUCUGUUUAAUGUGUACCUUUACAAAACUGUUAACCAAGGAUACAAACCCUCUAUCCUGUAGCAAUAGACUUUGUAACAUUUCCUACACUGUUAUUAGAAAAUAUGCGUUUGCCUUGUUUUGGUCCCAAUGCACAGCCAUCUCCAACAUUACUGACAUUGAUACGGAAGCAGAGACAGAGGGAGAGAGCGAGAGAGAAAAGAGAGAGAGAGUGAGAGAGAAAAGAGAGAGAGAGUGAGAGAGAAAAGAGAGAGAGAGUGAGAAAAGAGAGAGAGAGAGAGAGAGAGAGAGAGAGUGAGAGAGAAAAGAGAGAGAGAGUGAGAGAGAAAGAAAGAGCACAACUGUACACAUUGAUAUGUGAGGUUCAGUGUUUAUAGCAGAUGAGGAUGUGUGUAUCUUGCUACUCAGAAAGUAGCCUGCUGUAUGUGUGGUCUUGGACAUCCCACAGUUACUGGCCUUCAACUUCCUCUUCUCAGAGCCUCACUGCCGCCUGUCUCAAAAGCUAACCCCGGGAGGGAUUAGGGCCUAGAUUUAAUGCGGAAGAUCUGCGCAAUAGCACAAUUUUAAAUUUAAAAGACAAUGUUCCUGUGUUCCUGACUACAUUCACGGUGCACACUGCAUAUGUCCGGCUCGAUCGGGAAUUGCCCAACGCGGCUCUUCCUCGAUAUGGAUUGAAUCUAGCCCUAGGUGUUGGAGCACAAAGACAUUCAUUGUUACUGUAUUAAAAUACAUCAAAUUGGCCAUAUCUAUCUGUCUUUGCGUGGCCUGUUUUAAUGCAAAUUAGCUCGAAAAACGGAAAUGGAAAAACAGUGAAUUAAGUGAAGUGAAUUAAUUGAGCACAGUGAAAUACAGUGAAUUCAAAAAUGUUGUAUGAAUCAUUGAUGUAUGGUUCUGCUUUAAAAUGUGUUUAUGACCCAGGGGAUAGGCCAGUGGAUAUAGGAAUAUUUAUUAUCUGGUAUUUGAGGAUGAUUUCAAACCAUUGCGCCAGCAGAUGAGGAAGUGGUGGAGCAAAUGUAGUGCACUAUAUAGGGAAUAGGAUGCAAUUUGGGAUGCAUACUUAAGAAGAGUAAUAUACGAGGGCUAUGGCAAUCUUUCUUGGAUAGUUGACAAGCAUGGAUAGACAUUAAAACUAUGAGAUUGCAAAAGAGAGACGUGUAAAUGAGAAGUUGGUCUGGCCCAUAUUUAGAUGAGCGCUAGGGGCUUUGUCCCAAAUAGCUCCCUAUUUCCUAUUUAGUGCACUACUAUUGACCAGGACUCUGCUCAAAAGUAGUGCACUUUCUAUAGUGAAUGCAGUGACUGUAAUGUAUUAUACUAAAGCCAGAAUCAGCGAAGCGAGCGCUGACUGCUCGUCGUGGUUUGACUUAUCAUCCUGGCCAACGAAGCAGCCGUUUCCAUUUCUGUGAGUAGAAAUAUAAUUGCACAAACCAAGACAUCCAUCUCACACGCUCUAUUAAUUCAAACCUUCUGUCGUCACCAAUGAGUAAAUAAGACAUUUCCAUGAACUUUCAUCCUAUUUUUAAUGUAUGAGUUUCUCCCCCAUUGACUGCGUCCACUUUUUAUCAAGAUAUAUUGUAUGCCUCCCAAAUGACACCAUGUUCCCUGUAUAUAGCACUACGUUUGACCAGAACCCUAUGGGGAAAGGGUGGAAUAUGGGACUCAGCCAUUGCCUAGUUCUCUGCUCUGUAUGCUCUGUGUUGGGGAUGCUGAUUGAGUUAUGAUGAUUGAUUGAUGCAGCUCUAAUCGCUCUGACGCCUCAUGUUGGGAAGUGAUUGUAUUUUGGGACGAGGGGGAGCGCACACAGAUCUCAUAUUGUGUCACCUCGGUCUUAACUUUUCACAAAGUCAUGUCUGGACCAGGGCGUUGCAUUUUCAGUAGAUUUCUUUAGGUAGAUUUACAUAGCAUACUACAAUAGAAAGGGAGAUUUUAGAAGUGACGGCUAUCACUAAUGUAAUUCUUUAGUCAGGUUGAAUAUCCAAAUGUCUUGAUAAAAGUAUUGUUUAAAAUGCUAAUUAUGAUAGUGAUAAGGUUUGAUGUCUCUGGUGAUUUUAAUACUAGGAGAUACUAAAGAAAAUAGACUGGAGUAGUGUACCUUUACUUAGAAUAGCCAUAUAUCUUGAGAAUUGACAUUUAAUUGACAUUUUAAACUUGCUGUAACUGAACUAAUAUCACGAGCAGUACAGUAUGUUUCGCACUGUACAAUAUUGGUACUAACCAGUGGAAAAUGUUUUUAAAGUGUUAUUUUUCUCUCCAGUAAAAAAUGUAUCCAG